UGUUGGCUUUGAUUUACAUCUUGUCUCCUUUUCAUUCUUCUUCUGCAUUAAAUAUUCUUCAAAAUAUGAUAUAAAAGAAACCCACUUUUGGAUCUAAAUACUAUCUUCCUUCCCUCUCUCAUUCCCACAGAAAGUAAGAGCAAAUCCAAUGGAGAGAUACCCUUUUCUCCUUCUUACUUUCUUCUUCAUCGUCUCAUCCAUGGUGGCUCCGAUUCAUUGCCGGAAGCAAACACAAGCUCUAGGCCAUCUUUACAGGAACAAGAUGAAGGGAGGUUCUGGCAUUAACAAGGGCCAUUUCAAGCCAAUUCAUCACAUAAACAAUAGCAGGGUUCAUCUGCAGCAAGGGAUGAGAGAAAAGGACAUAAUUCAAAUGUUGCCCGGACAGCCUCGUGUCUCGUUUGAACAAUACGGUGGGUAUGUAACGGUGGAUAAAUCGGCAGGUCGUGCACUUUAUUAUUUUUUCGUCGAGGCUCAGCAUUAUUCCAAGGAGUCUUUGCCUCUUCUUCUUUGGCUCAAUGGAGGGCCUGGCUGUUCAUCUCUAGCCUAUGGAGCAAUGGAAGAGCUUGGACCUUUCAGAGUUCACAGCAAUGGGAAAACACUUUAUAAAAAUAGAUACUCAUGGAACUAUGCCGCAAAUGUUUUGUUUGUGGAGUCUCCUGCUGGGGUAGGAUUCUCAUACUCCAACACCACAUCGGAUUACGACAAGAGUGGUGAUGGUAAAACAGCUGAUGACAAUUAUGUCUUCCUGUUAAACUGGUUGGAGAGGUUUCCUGAAUAUAAGAAGAGGGAAUUCUACAUCGCCGGAGAAAGCUAUGCGGGGCAUUAUGUCCCUCAACUUGCUCACACCAUUCUCCUACACAACAAGAAAACUAACGAAACCAUUGUGAAUCUCAAAGGAAUCCUAAUUGGGAAUGCCGUGAUCGAUGAUGAAACCGAUACCAAAGGAAUGUAUGAUUACUUAGAGAGCCAUGCACUCAUUUCGGAUGAAACUGCAUACGGGAUUAAAAAAUACUGUAGUUUUUCUUCGGAUGAAAACUCGGAGAUCAGUCGAGAGUGCGAAACAGCCAUUGAAGAUAUAACCAAGGAUACUUAUUACCUUGAUAUUUACAAUAUCUAUGCCCCUUUAUGCCGCAAUUCCAGUCUCACAGUCAUUCCAAAGAAGCCUUCCGUGGAGAAUUUCGAUCCGUGCAGCGACAAUUACAUAUAUGCUUAUCUAAACAGAGCCGAUGUCCAAGAGGCCAUGCAUGCCAAUGUCACGAAACUCCACCAUGAUUGGGAAGCCUGCAGCGAACUCAUUGGCAGAUGGGGAGAUAGCCCUUCAACCAUCAUUCCCAUUUUACAGGAGUUAAUGGCUAAUGGACUCAGAGUGUGGAUUUUCAGUGGCGACACAGAUGGGAGAGUACCAGUUACUUCAACCAAGUAUUCCAUCAAGAAGAUGAAGCUUCCGGUUAAAACCAAGUGGCACCCGUGGUACCUUGAUGGGGAGGUUGGAGGGUUAUACAGAAGUGUACAGGGGAGGUUUAACGUUUGCUACCGUAAGAGGGGCGGGGCACCAAGUGCCAAGCUUCCAACCAAAGAGGGCACUUUCAUUGAUCAAGCACUUUCUUGAAGGCACAACUCUCCCAGAUACCUCACGUUAUGAGUGAUUUCCUCUACCACAUUUCUUUCAUUGUUUUCAGGAAAAUUGUUUUUACGAUAGG